ACCCCGUCUCAGCUUUCGAACUCCAGUUUUCCGUGACUCCACCAGAAACCUUUGCCACCUGUCUCCCUCUAAUAACUUAGCCAAUAAGGUCUGAUCACUGAUCAGAAUUCAUAACUAAGUUUGAGGCGCAGCGUUUGCCGGUGAUAGGAAGCUGUCUGUUUGAUCAGUAUAUCCGCCGCGUUGAAGUUGCCCUGCGGCUGCGUUCCGCCCGACGGCGAUCACAGGUUUGAGAAGAAAGUUGCUCGUUCAAAUUCAAGAAACGGGUUUGUGAAGCGGGCUAUUAUGGGACAGGAGAGCGAUUCCGCGCCUAAAAUCGUGACCGGGGAAUUUGGGUACACUCUGGAAGACGUCCCCCACUUGUCCGAUUACAUUUCUCAUCUCCCGACUUAUCCCAAUCCCUUACAAGACAAUCCUGCGUACUCAGCUGUUAGGCAGUAUUUUGUGGACUUGGACGACACUGUUGCACAAAAGAUAGUCGUUCACAAAGAUAUGCCAAGAGGGACUCAUUUUCGACGUGCUGGGCCUCGCCAAAGAGUUUAUUUCGAGUCCGAUGAUGUCCAUGCAUGUAUAGUCACAUGCGGAGGGUUGUGCCCCGGUCUCAACACAGUUAUCAGGGAAAUUGUAUGCGGUUUGCAUCACAUGUAUGGCGUGAAGCGUGUUCUGGGAAUAAAUGGAGGAUAUCGAGGUUUUUACUCUAAGAACACCAUACCUCUAACACCCAACACUGUGAACGACAUUCACAAACGAGGGGGGACGGUCCUUGGGACGUCUCGAGGUGGCCAUGAUACUAAAAAGAUCGUUGAUAGCAUUCAGGAUCGUGGGAUCAACCAAGUCUACAUAAUAGGUGGAGAUGGAACUCAGAAGGGAGCAGCAGUUAUUUUCGAGGAAAUCAGAAGACGAGGUCUCAAGGUUGCAGUUGCCGGAAUCCCCAAAACCAUAGAUAACGAUAUUCCGGUAAUUGACAAAUCAUUUGGGUUUGAUUCUGCGGUUGAGGAAGCCGAACGUGCUAUCACUGCAGCGCAUGUUGAAGCUACAAGUAUUGAGAAUGGUAUUGGACUCGUGAAGUUAAUGGGGCGAUAUAGUGGUUUUAUUGCUAUGUAUGCUACCCUUGCUAGUAGAGAUGUGGACUGCUGCCUCAUUCCAGAGUCGCCGUUCUAUCUCGAAGGACCUGGAGGACUUUUCGAGUACAUAGAGAAGCGACUUAAAGAGAAUGGACACAUGGUGAUUGUUAUAGCUGAAGGCGCAGGGCAGGAGUUGUUAUCCGAUAGUCUACGAUCAACAAAUCAACAAGAUGCUUCUGGAAAUAAGCUUCUGCAAGACGUUGGCCUGUGGAUAUCACAAAGGAUUAAGGAUCACUUUUCCAAGCAAAGAAAGAUGACGAUUAAUCUCAAGUAUAUUGAUCCCACAUAUAUGAUUCGAGCUAUUCCAAGUAAUGCAUCUGACAAUGUAUAUUGUACACUUCUUGCCCAAAGUGCAGUUCAUGGCGCGAUGGCAGGAUAUACAGGUUUCACUGUAGGGCCUGUAAAUGGCCGACACGCUUAUAUACCCUUCUAUAGAAUUAAUGAGAGUAGGAAUAAGGUAGUGAUCACAGAUAGGAUGUGGGCGAGGCUUCUCUCCUCCACCAACCAGCCCAGUUUCUUGAGUGCAAAAGACGUUGCUGAAGCUAGCAAGCGGGAGAAGACACCAUAUGUAUUGCUCGACAAUGGAUUUGUUGACGGCAAAUACAUGAAUGAAGAUGUUGCCUGCUAGAUGAUCUUGCAACGCUAUUAUGGAGGCCGGUGGGAGACCAUAAGCAUCACUGUCCAACAAAACCAUAAUACAUUCCAUUUGUUUCUUCUACGUAGAGAAAAUCCAAUAAAUUUGUCUGUCUGUGUUGUAGGAGUUGCCUUGUUUUGUAAGCAUAAACAUGUGACGUAGUAAACAUGAUGGUCAAAAUAUAAAUCCAUCUGAACAACAA